CAGCCAUUUUUGGUAGUGAAAAUUCGUAAAACUCUACUCAAACUAUGCAUAUUUUAGCACAGACACACACCACAAAUAAGCACCUUGGCCCAACACCUGUCUUAGUUAAGACCAAACUUAUUUUACGCUACAUAAUAUUGUUGUUUUUGUUGUUCGUCAAUAAAUUGCAUAAAAGUGCUUUCGAAAUUGUAUUCGAACUAAAAUCGACGGAGAGUACACAUCAUUAGAAGAUAUUAGUGCGGUCCAAUACCUUCUAAAUCAAAUGGCUGGGCUGUCUAUCCACAAGUUUUGCGCAGCGUUUUUGCUGGUGAUCGGUGUUGUCUGCACCAAUGCCGGUUACACUGGGAAACCGGAAAUAGACAUGGAAAUAUGGACUUCACGCAAUAAAUUGUUGGACUCCAUGUUUGAAGCUGCGCUGAAUUUAAGCGAAUAUGCUUUUGCAUGGAGUAAGGAAGUUUGUCAGAAGCUACUCGAUGAGGAUAUAUUGCAUAAUGAAACAAGCGUAGAACCAGAGUCUCGCGAAUGGUAUCUGCAUAAUUGUGUUAGACGCACCGUGGAUCGUUUAGAGCCCACGGUAAGUCGUCAUGGCGAUCACCCAGAUGAAGUCCGAUUGCGCAAAUAUGGAUUUGAGGAAUGUCGAAAAGUUAUGGAUCAAAAAUAUGAACACUUCUUCGAAGAGAUGGUCCAGCGUAUGGAUGACUAUGUAAAGAGUUUGACGCCAGAGCAGCAAGGCAAAGAGACGGCGCGAAAUUUGAAGGGGUGGUCGGGCAAAAUUAAGAAUGCUCCGACUUUGGCAGGGAAAGAAAUGGCUUUUAGGAAAUGUAUGCGAUUUUAUUAUUUUGAAAACGGUGUUUAAUGUAUCUGUUUUCAGUUAAGAUUAUUCAAAAAUUAAACAUUUUAAUGUGAAAGCAGAGCUACAAAACCUUA